AUGGGAUGCUCUAUCCAAAAAAAGGAAUCAAAUUAAUCUUAGUUAAAGAUGUCCAAAGAAAAGUCUUUAUCAAAAUUGUUAUCAAAUGAUGAUCAAUCUAAACAAUAGAUUACAAACUCACCUCCAACUUGUUCAAAACCUCCUUCUCCUCAAUCAGAUUCUAAAUCUUUAACCUAAUAAUAGUAAAUAAAGAUCUAAGAAGUUAUUUUUAACAAAAAAAGAAACUAAAAAUUAACAACCCUGUUGAAAUGUGAAGAACAAUACAAAUUUUAAAAAACUUUGAUUGGAUUAAUCAAAAGUUGA